GAUUGGCUGUGAGAAGAUAGUAGCAAGAAUGAUUGAAUGGAAGUGACCUAAUUGCCUAACUGGGUAAGGCCAAGUCCUUUACCAAAGUUGUUUAUCUCUAUCAACUAGAAUCUGACAGUUCGCUGCUGUGAAAGUUAUGGGUUAUCAGAUCUAGAUCCCCUGCAUCACUAUCUAGUUGGAUGAAAUCAUCUGAAUUUGAUCGUAAUUUUCCAUUAUAUGGAUUAGCAUGUGCCUGAAAUUUUUAUUUAUUAUGCAGAAGGUUUCGUGAACUUCUUUGGCUAUUCGCUUCAGACCAAGUGCAUUAUUGAUGGCCACUGUGACCACCUCCCACUUUGUAUCAAGAACUUCCCAUGUCAACUGUCAUGGAAGUUCAACAUCAGAAACUAAAGCAAACUAGGCACAGAUGGGCCUUAGGAGCCAAGCGAUGACCCAUAAUGGGUUAAGAUCUUUGAACAAGUCGGAUAUGCUACAGAUGAGAACAGAUGCAAAAGCAAUUGCCAGGCAAGCAAGAAGCAAAGUUAGGAACACUGAACGAUAGGCCUGCUGGGAAUAUUAUAUGUGGACAAGGAAUGAACUUGAUCUUUGUAGGAGCUGAGGUAGGUCCAUGGAGCAAAACCGGUGGACUGGGUGAUGUUCUUGGAGGUCUGCCACCAGCUAUGGCGGCUAAGGGGCACCGAGUUAUGACUGUCUCUCCACGCUAUGACCAGUACAAAGAUGCAUGGGACACUAAUGUUCUAGUUGAGGUAUGGGGCAAAACUGGAUCCAAAAUCUAUGGCCCUAGGGCUGGAAUGGAUUACCUGGAUAACCAACUUCGUUUCGGCUUGUUGUGCCAGGCUGCUCUGGAGGCACCCAGGGUUCUGAACCUAAACAAUAGUGAAUAUUUCUCAGGACCAUAUGGAGAGGAUGUUGUCUUCAUUGCUAAUGAUUGGCACACUGCCCUUCUUCCAUGCUACCUAAAAACCAUGUACAAACCAAGGGGGAUUUAUAAAAGUGCCAAGGUUGCUUUCUGCAUCCACAACAUAGCCUACCAGGGCAGAUUUGCCUUUUCAGACUUCUCACUUCUCAAUCUGCCUGAUCAAUUCAAGGGUUCUUUUGACUUCAUUGACGGGUAUGAAAAGCCAGUGAAGGGAAGGAAAAUGAAUUGGAUGAAGGCCGGAAUUUUGGAAUCAGACAGGGUCUUAACUGUGAGCCCAUACUAUGCCCAGGAACUUGUUUCUGGAAUUGAAAAAGGUGUGGAGUUGGAUAACAUCAUUCGUAAGACUGGCAUCACUGGUAUUGUGAAUGGGAUGGAUAUUCAAGAGUGGAACCCAGCUUCCGACAAGUACAUAGAUAUUAAAUACGAUGCCACAACUAUCAUGGAUGCAAAGCCUCUAUUGAAAGCACUUCAAGCAGACGUUGGGUUGCCUGUUGACAGAAAUAUCCCUCUGAUAGGCUUCAUUGGAAGACUAGAAGAGCAGAAAGGUUCAGAUAUUCUUGCAGCAGCUAUUCCAAAGUUCAUUGGGGAGGAUGUUCGAAUCGUGGUCCUUGGAACCGGCAAAAAGCCCAUGGAGAAGCAAAUUGAACAGCUUGAGAUCAUGUAUCCCAACAAGGCCAGGGGAGUGGCAGAAUUCAAUGUCCCCUUAGCUCAUAUGAUUAUUGCUGGGGCUAAUUUUAUGCUUGUCCCAAGUAGAUUUGAACCAUGUGGUCUCAUUCAGUUGCAUGCUAUGCGAUAUGGAACGGUGCCUCUUUGUGCCUCAACUGGUGGACUUGUUGACACUGUCAAGUGUGAUGCAGUUGAUCCAGCUGAUGUGAAUGCAAUAGCAACAACUGUCAAGAGAGCUCUUGCAACCUAUGGUACCCCUGCCUUGAAAGAGAUGAUCCAGAAUUGCAUGGCCCAAGAUCUUUCAUGGAAGGGACCAGCCAGACUAUGGGAAAAGAUGCUGCUGGGCCUGGAGGUUUCUGGCAGUGAACCUGGAAUUGAAGGAGAGGAAAUUUCUCCUCUUGCCAAAGAAAAUGUUGCCGCCCCUUGAGCACCACAUCUAAUACCUCGUAAUUUACUAGUAUGGACUUGAAUAAGUAUACUAACAUGUCUGGUAAAGUAUUCAUAAUCUCCAUCAUAUUAU